AUGGCGAAUUGGUCAGAACUUCAGUAUGAUGUGCUGGUUCACGUAGCUAAGCGUUUGAAUUUGAUUGAAGACUAUCUUAAUUUCGCUGCUGUUUGCAAACCCUGGCGACGUGCGGCCACUAAGAACAAUUUUAACAGUGAUCUGCCUAGGGUUCCAUGGCUUAUGUUAGCUGAGGAAGAGAAUAACAAGGAAGAAGGUGGUGAAGCUAAUACAUGUCGAAAGUUCUUCAGCCUCUAUAAUGGCAUGAUUUUAAAGAAGAGGAUUCCAAAUGCUAGAGGAAAGCGCUGUAUGGAGUCUAUGGGAUGGCUUAUUGCAGCGGGGAAAGACGAGGGUGAAAUUACUCUGCUACAUCCCUUCUCCGGUGUUCAGAUUCAACUGCCGCAUCCAAAUACCACCAAAGGUUACAAUUGCCAACUGACUGUCGAUCCAUGGACCUUCUUUCACAAGGCAGUUUUGUCGGCUAGUCCUUCUAAAACAUCAGACUACGUUCUCAUGGUCAUUGAGGCAAAUAACAAAUACCUAAGUUUUUGGAGGCCAGGAGAUUUGAGAUGGACCAGGAUUAUGAAAGAAGACAAUCCGGCUCUUCAUCGUGAUGUGGUCUACUUUAAUGGCAAAUUUUAUGCAGUUCAGUGGCUCGGCCACGUGUUAGUUUGCGAUGUUACUGGUGCUGAGCCAAUGGCUCAAAAAGUAGCUCGGUUGCCUCUAGAUCAGAUUGGAGAUGAACUAGUUUACAAAUUGGAUAUUGCUGCUGGAAAAUUGACGGAAACCAAAGAAUUAGGGGACAGAGCUAUCUUUUUCGGUGCUAAUGCAUCUCUCUCUGUCCAAGCUUCUCAGUUUCCUGGAAUCAAGCCUAAUUGUAUUUAUUUUACGGAUGAUCGUUAUGAUACAUAUGGCUAUUAUGUAGAAGGGGGCGGCUUGGACAUGGGUGUUUACAACUUAGCAGAUGACACCAUCCAGCCUCACUAUAAGGGUGUUUCCCUCAGUCCCCUUACUCCACCAACUUGGGUCACACCAACUCUGUGUUAA